CCCUGGAUGAAUGAAGGCGGACUUUUUGAACGGAUUCCUCGCCAAUAAGCAGCGGAGAGUCAGGCGGGGGUCGACUCCUCCAGGCGGAGCUGAGCUCCGAGAGGAGCCGCUAACCAAUCAGGAGCCGGAGCUCUGAAGCCGCGUCACCGUUUCGCAGCCGCUCCCGCAGCUUAAGAGCAGCCAGUCUCCUCUCUAGUCUCCACUUUUCUCCCGACUGUUGAGAGGAAGAAGAAGAAACAAUGGCAAGAACCAAGCAGACUGCUCGUAAAUCCACCGGAGGCAAAGCUCCCAGGAAGCAGCUGGCCACCAAGGCUGCCCGUAAGAGCGCCCCGGCCACCGGCGGAGUGAAGAAGCCUCACCGUUACAGGCCCGGUACCGUGGCUCUCCGAGAGAUCCGUCGCUACCAGAAAUCCACCGAGCUGCUCAUCCGCAAGCUGCCCUUCCAGCGCCUGGUCCGAGAAAUUGCUCAGGACUUCAAGACCGACCUGCGCUUCCAGAGCUCCGCUGUCAUGGCUCUGCAGGAGUCCAGCGAGGCUUACCUGGUCGGCCUCUUCGAGGACACCAACCUGUGCGCCAUCCACGCCAAGAGGGUCACCAUCAUGCCCAAAGACAUCCAGCUGGCCCGCCGCAUCCGCGGAGAGCGCGCAUAACCUGUGUGCUGCUCCACCGACCACAACGGCUCUUUUCAGAGCCCC